GUUCAGUCUAAAAUGCAGGUGGGGGUGCAACGCUCAUGAUUUUCCGGCUAUAUAAAGGCAAAUGCGCCGAGGAUCCUUGGUAUCGCGUAUCGAUCGCUAUUUAAGGACGACAGGGUUCAAGAAUCGUUCGCACGAAGAGUCCUCGCAAUGAAGACGAUCGUUAUCUUCGUGGCAGCGAUAAUGGGGGCUCUUGCAGCACCUCAAGGUAAUCCGAAUGAUAUUACUAUUGUAAAGCAGGAAGAAUCGAACAACAUCGGAGUGGGUGGAUAUCACUUUAGUUAUGAACAAAGCGACGGACAAAAGAGGGAAGAAACCGCAGAAUUGAAGAACGAGGGUACCGACGAUGAAGCCCUCGACGUUACUGGCAGUUUCAGUUUCACGUCGCCAGAUGGCCACACUUACAGGGUUGAUUACACCGCUGACAAAGACGGAUUUCACCCCACUAUCAAUCUCGUUUCGAAAUAAACGAGCUUGAGAACUGAAGUCCUGCGCUACCAACGUUACCUAGGAUUUUUCGACCAUUGACACACGCCAAUAUUAUAAGUAAAUUAGUAUACUCUAUAUAAGUAUUUACAUAAACUCACCUGGCACGUAAAUCACCAAUUGAUAAAUUAAAUCGUUGAAAAAUAUAUUGAUCAUCGGUUCAGAUUUCCUUCUAUCUAUGCAAGUAAUAAACCCAUUGUUUAAAAUGAAAUAACGGUGAUCACUACCACAUACAUAAGUAUCUAUGUGUAUCGCAUUAAAAAAAAGCCCGCGAAGUGUAUGUUUACUCGAUAUUAAGUAUAUAGAAAAAAUAUACGAAAUAUGGAAAAACAACACACUAAACAAUAAACAGUAAUUAAUUAUCAAUAAAAGAUGUGGAUUACUAUAAUAAUUUACAUUGAAUGUUAUUUGUGAAACGCGUGCCAGUGUGCAGACAUGAUUUAUGUAACACAAUGCAGCGAAACUAUUGAUAAACAUUUUGAACAAGAGGCGUUAGAAAUUCCACUCAUAAUCUAUAUUUAGAGAAGCGACGACGAAGUAUUUGCCAACAUGUUUCACAAUUAACGUGGAGACGAGUUAUUUUUUUAUACGUUUUCGUAUGUAUGUAUGUAUAACGAAUCAAUCGUGCAAAUAAGAAGAAAUAUGUAUGUAUGAAUACAAAUAAAGUAUAUCUUUCAGA